AUGGCCCCGGCUGAAAGCAGUUGGGACUCUUCGAAGCUCACAGAUAUGUGGCAACAGCACGGCCAUAAUGCCUGGACCCACGCCGGCAAAACGAAAGCUUCAGGAACAACCGAGACCACAGGAGAAGCCGCACCAAAGGGUAAAGGAAAGGCGGAGGCAACGAAAGGUUCAGGAAAAGGCAAAGCCACAGGAGAAGCCACGCCAAAGGGCAAAGGAAAGGGCAAGUCGCAGGCCAAAGGUGCAGGAAAAGACGAAGCCACAGGAGAAGCCACACCCAAGGGCAAAGGAAAGGGCAAGUCGCAGACGAAAGGUGCAGGAAAAGACGAAGCCACAGGAGAAGCCACCCCGAAGGGCAAAGGAAAGGCUAAGUCGCAGACGAAAGGUUCAGGAAACAACGAAGCCACAGGAGAAGCCGCACCCAAGGGUAAAGGAAAGGCAGAGGCGACGAAAGGUUCAAGAAAAGACGAAGCCACAGGAGAAGCCACACCCAAGGGUAAAGGAAAGGCUAAGUCGCAGACGAAAGGUUCAGGAAAAGACGAAGCCACAGGAGAAGCCACCCCGAAGGGCAAAGGAAAGGCUAAGUCGCAGACGAAAGGUUCAGGAAACACCGAAGCCACAGGAGAAGCCGCACCCAAGGGUAAAGGAAAGGCAGAGGCGACGAAAGGUUCAAGAAAAGACGAAGCCACAGGAGAAGCCACACCCAAGGGUAAAGGAAAGGCUAAGUCGCAGACGAAAGGUUCAGGAAAAGACGAAGCCACAGGAGAAGCCACGCCAAAGGGCAAAGGAAAGGGCAAGAUGCAGACGAAAGCUUCAGGAACAACCGAGACCACAGGAGAAGCCGCACCAAAGGGUAAAGGAAAGGCGGAGGCAACGAAAGGUUCAGGAAAAGGCGAAGCCACAGGAGAAGCCACACCCAAGGGCAAAGGAAAGGGCAAGUCGCAGGCCAAAGGUGCAGGAAAAGACGAAGCCACAGGAGAAGCCACGCCAAAGGGCAAAGGGAAGGCUGAGGCGACGAAAGGUUCAGGAAAAGACGAGACCACAGGAGAAGCCACCCCGAAGGGCAAAGGAGAGGGCAAGUCGCAGGCCAAAGGUUCAGGAAAAGGCGAAGCCACAGGAGAAGCCACACCCAAGGGCAAAGGAAAGGGCAAGUCGCAGGCCAAAGGUUCAGGAAAAGACGAAGCCACAGGAGAAGCCACCCCAGCCACGAAGGGCAAAGGAAAGGCCAAGUCCCCGUCGAAAGGGGCCGCAAAGGUUGCUUCUGAUGCCGAGAAGGAAUCUCCCCCACCCCAAGAGACGCCAAAAGCAGGUUCGGGAAAGGGCCAGGGUGACCAGGGUGCAACCAAAACCCGGGUAGAGCCUGAUGACUCAGCCAAAAGAAAGCUUAGCUGGGAAGAUCAAAGCAACUCCACCGGCAGCACCGCAGCUGCACACAGCAGUGUUGAGGGAGGGGAUGUGCAGAAACUCUCGUUGGAGAAGAUCGAAGCGAUUUUGGCAAUGACGGAGCCUGGUGAGUUAGACUUGCCUACCAGGUUUGCCUUCUUGAAGGCAUUUGUGCAGCACAAGGACAUGCCCGACAUCGAAGAUCCGAAGAAUCCCGAGAUGAGGAUUUAUACCGUGUUCCGUGACAUCAAGGAUUCCAGUGCAAAGACGAAGGAGGUUGGCACGAAAACAUCCGGAAGAGCCAAGUUGCCGGCCAACAAGGCUGCCAGAGCUGCCUUUGCCGAGACCAUGCAGAACAAGGCUGACUCGUUCGCCGGCAGUUGGAACAGUGUCGGAGAAGAACUCACGCUUGAAGAAAAGGAGAAGAAGGACUUCCAGCGAGACUUGCAACAGAUUCUCGCUCGCAGUGCGGUUGCUAUGCUAGAUCCCGUUGAACCCAACUCCGAAUCGUCUUCUGUGCUUGCCAUGAGGCUGCGACAAUUGGGCGACAAAGCCUUGACUGCUGCCACGAACCUGAAGUCUACCGGGCUGAAGCGACAGGAGGCUGACGUCCAGCAUAUGGGUGAUGUGAAUACCCAGUGCUACGGCAUUCUGAGGGAGUGCAACACACUCCUCUUCUCAUCCGAGCCACUUUCCAAAGCCAGAGAGUACCUGGACAGCAAAGCCCAUCAGCUACAGGAAUAUGCGAAGGAUGUGGCACAUGCCGAGGGUGUGUUCCAGACCUUUGAGCGACGCAAAGCUUCGGAGAAGAGAAAACGGGAAAAAGAAGAGCUGAAGAAGCAGGCUACGGCAGAUCUGGAUACUCAGGUAGACGAUGCAGAGCAACAAGAAGAGUGGCCAGAUGAGAAUGAGAAUAAUGAAGAUAAUGGUGAAGAUGAUUGGGAAGAUGAUGAUGCUGAAGAGACUGUUCAGCCCCCUGAAAAAAGGGCAAGGGCCUGA